CCACCGCCACUAUCUCUCCUGACGUAGUGACGUGCCUGGCCACCGCCACUAUCUCUCCUGACGUAGUGACGUGCCUGGCCACCGCCACUAUUUCUUUCUCCUGCGGAGUGCUCUGGAUUAGAAGCAGAGGAGAAGCGGCUUCUUCUGUAGGGUUCCGAUCUCUGUCCGGGAGUUGUCGGCGAAGAGGCGGAGGCGAUGAACGCGGUAAAGGCCGCCGUCGGGGACGCCCUUAUAACGUUCGUCUGGAUGUUUUGCAUCUCCGCCCUGGGCGUCGCCACCUUCGUCAUCAAGGCCGCGUUCCAGAUCCACGGCGAGGCUUUCUCCCUACUCGUCACCAGCUCCCUCGUAUUCGUCAUUGUUUUCGUCUUCAAUGCCAUCGCCGACGCCUUGGGCGGCGCCAGCUUUAACCCCACCGGCAACGCCGCGUUCUACGCGGCGGGAUUCGGAGACGACUCCCUCAUCUCCAUGGCCAUCCGCUUCCCUGCCCAAGCAGCCGGGGCGAUCGGUGGGCUCUUGGCCCUCUAUGAGGUAAUGCCGCCGGAGUACAAGAACAUGCUAGUCGGGCCUUAUUUGAAGGUGGAUUUGCAUACGGGGGCCAUCGCCGAGGGUGUCCUUACAUUCGUCAUCUCUGUGGCCGUGCUUUGUAUCGUCUUCAAGGGGCCUCGGAGCGCAUUAGUGAAGACAUUGAUGAUCACCAUCUGCACCCUUGGGGUCAUUAUUGCCGGAAACGGUUACACUGGGCCGUCCAUGAAUCCUGCAAAUGCAUUUGGCUGGGCUUAUGUCAACAAUCGCCAUAAUACGUGGGAACAAUUCUAUGUCUACUGGAUCUUCCCUUUCAUUGGUGCUAUUGCUGCAGGUUGGUUAUUCAGAAUCGUCUUCCCCCCUCGCUCACCAGUGAAGGCUAAAAAGGCAUGAAGACUGAAGGGACCAAAUUAUUUCGGAUCGUUUAAGAUUAAAAUAAGUUUGUUAAAACAAUAAGUUAGUUGGCGAUUCUGCCAAUGUUUGGACAUUUUAUAUUGAAAUUAAGGCAGUGGAUAGAUUGGUCCAACUGUAUCGAGAAUUUAUUC